AUGAAUCCUUUUGUAGACAAUGAUCUAGAAAGUGACGAGACACCACAAUUAAUUCAAAUAAAGACCUUACAUAAUAAUGAUCCUCACCUAUCGUUAAUUUCGAAGAAAAUCUUCAAAUCAAAUAAUAAUAGAAUUGUCAUGCUAACUGGUGCUGGGAUUUCAUGUAAUGCUGGUAUUCCUGAUUUUAGAUCAGCAACCGGGCUUUAUAAUGCUGUUCGCAAGCAAUAUCCUCACCUACUAAUCAAAUCAGGUCAAGAUUUAUUUGAUAUUUCUUUAUUUAGAGAUGAAGAUUCCAUAGCUGCUUUUGCAUCAUUCAUGGAAAAAUUAUACAGUUGUACAUGCAAAGCAAGACCGACAGAAACACAUAAAUUUAUCGCUCUCCUACGAGAUAAACAAAAGUUAUUAAGAUGCUAUACUCAAAAUAUUGAUGGAUUAGAAUCACUAUUAAAUUUACAAAGCUCAACUGAUAGUGAAUUUGAUCUGAAUGUUAUUAAGGGUUUUAGAAAAAUUUGGAAUAAUUUAGACAUCAUCAAGCUACAUGGCGAUCUUAAUAGUUUAUGUUGUACAAAAUGCUAUACUUCAACCAAAUGGACAAAUUCAAAUAUAACUCAAUUUAAAAAUGGUGAAUUACCCAAUUGUUCAAAGUGCGAAAGGGCAAAUAAUGAUAGAAUUAAUAGAGGUAAACGAUCUUUAGGGAAAUGUGGUGUAUUAAGACCAAAUAUUGUAUUAUACGGUGAAAACCAUCCUUCUGGCGAAGUAAUUGCAAAAGGGUUGCAUAUAGAUGUUACAAGUACUUAUCCAGAUAUUUUUAUUAUUAUGGGAACAAGCUUAAAAGUUGAUGGUGUUAAAAAAUUGGUCAAGCAAAUGAGUAAACGUGUUCAUGAUCGCAACGGUAUUGUAAUAUUAGUCAAUAAAACAGACUUACCUUUAUCGACUUGGAAGGGUGUUAUCGAUUAUCAUAUUAAAACAAAUUGUGAUCAGUGGGUAGAGUUUUUAAAGAAACAAGAGCCAACUUUUUUCAAUUCAUCUACUAUUUCUGAGUCUCAUCCGAAACUUCUUGGUGUUGUUAAAAGAGAGUUAAAACAAACUCAAAUACCUCAAAGUCCUCCUGCUACUCCGGCAAAGGAACGCUCUCCCACGCUCUGCAUACCGUCAAAACAUAAAAAUUCUUUACCUCUUACUCCAACUAGUGAUUAUGAAGGUUCUUGCAAGAAGUCAUAUUAUUCUCCAAAAAGAGUACGUAAGUCAAGCCCUCUUAAAAAGAAGCAUGACUCUAAAUAUCAUUUAUCUCCCUCUUACAAUAAGAGAGGCACCAGUCUAACAACAGGUGUUGCAAUUAGAACAAGAUCAGCCACUGCAUUAUUAGAAAAACUUCAAAAAGAAGCCACAGAUGCUGUUCAAUAA